UUCAAUGCUUGACGACUAUACUUUUAAAAAACCGGAAAUGGCGGAGAGUGAUUGAUUCCAAAAUUAUAUUUCGUGUUUUCUAUUCUUAAAAUUGUGUGUUAAAUUUAUAAGUGCAAUAAUGUGUUCAAUUCAUAUGAGAUUAAUAAUGAAAAGAACAUUUCAUCAAUUCUGCCAUUGUAAAAUUUUAGUUGAACAAAAGAACUUUUUAAAAAAUACUUAGGAAAUGGCACUGAUCGACAAUCAUCGCGUUGUCUACGACACGUUGAAUCAAGGCGUUUUCCCUUUGCAUCCAAUAAUACUCGUGAAUUUAAUUAGUUUAAUCAUAAAUUCUAAUAAAAAGGAAUUAUACUCAUUUUCAAAUAACUACUCAGCUGUUUGUGAAUAUCAAGUUAAACGAGAGAGAAAGGAAAGGAAAAAACAGAUAAAUAAACUACAAAGAAAGUAAGAGGGAGUGAGAGAGAGAGAAAGAGAGGCAAGGUUUGCAGCUGACGAGGGAAUAUCGAUAAAAACAAAAAAAAAAAAAAGUCAAGGCACAAUGGAUGAAUGUAUGCUGAAUGACCUUUUGGAGUGUUCAGUUUGUUUAGAACGUUUAGAUACUUCAAGUAAAGUGUUACCAUGUCAGCAUACAUUUUGUAAAAAAUGUUUAGAAGAAAUAGUCAGUACACAUCGUGAAUUACGAUGUCCAGAAUGUCGUGUUCUUGUUGAUGCUAAAAUUGAUGAUUUACCACCAAAUGUUUUAUUAAUGAGAAUUUUGGAGGGUAUGCGAAAUGCAACUCCAAAAGGAAUUAAAACACCAUCAAAAAGUAAUAAUGGUCCCCAACGUCUUUUUGGCGGUCAUCAAGUCGCCCCUGCAUUAACAAUUAAUACCAAUCAACCAGUUGUUCUUGCUGUUGAUCCUUCACGACAUACUAAUGUUGCUGCAAAACAAGUUCAUCUUCAUAAUCAACCAUACGGGCGUGCCAUUUAUGAUUAUGUAUCAAAAGUUCCUGGUGACUUGAGUUUCAAAAAAGGAGAUAUUGUUGUUUUACGAAAGAAGAUUGAUAAUAACUGGUAUUUUGGUGAAUGUGGAACUAAUCAUGGAGUUUUUCCGCUUUCUUACAUUCAGGUAAUGACACCCUUACCACCACAUGUUCCACAAUGUAAGGCAUUGUAUGAUUUUCGAAUGUCCAAUGAUGAUGAAGAUGGAUGUCUCACAUUUAAUAAAGGGGAGGUUAUAAGUGUUAUUCGAAGAGUUGAUGAAAAUUGGGCAGAAGGAAAACUUUUAGAUCGCAUCGGCAUAUUUCCUUUGGCAUUCGUCGAACUAAAUAGCGUUGCUAGGGCUUUAAUGAAAUUAUCAACAAACGUUCAACCAGGACCAUCAAGAGUGGCACCGCCAACACCAACAAAUGAAGAAACAACUCCAUUAAUUCCAACUGAUCAUUCACGAAAUGUGCAAACGACAAGUCAACCAAGACCUCAAAUUACUCCGGCUGCGGCACUGCCAGUAUCAGAUUCAAGUUCAACGGUUUCAUCUGGUAGUUCAACAACAACCACGCCAAAUACUCCAAAUAGCUCAAGUACAUCGAGUAGUUCUAGCACUGCACCUAGUAGUCCAAGUAGUCCCGCGAUAUCGCCUCCAGCUGUUGGCAGUAGACAAAAUGUUAAACGGCACAGCUUCACUGCAAUGAAUACAGGCCAUCAUCCUCAUCCUCAUCAUAGACACAGUGCAGAAAUACUUAGUCCACCAAUUGAUUCAUCAAGUGGCAGCAAUAAUGGCGCAACUGGCGAUCUUACAUUUUCUCCAUCUCAAGGUGGAGGAGAUUUAAAUCUAAGACACAAACGUCGAGGAAGCAGUGAUUUAAUUCUCUCACAACCGUCAUCAAAUCUUCCUGCAAAUUCAAUAAACACAGCGAAUUUACCAGCUGCUUAUAUUGCAUUAUAUCCAUAUAAACCGCAAAAAGGAGAUGAGCUCGAAUUGAGAAAAGGUGCCGUUUACAUGGUAACUGAAAGAUGUCAGGAUGGUUGGUUCAAAGGCACUUCAAAUCGAACACAAAAAUGUGGCGUUUUUCCAGGAAAUUACGUAGCUCCCGCCAAAUGCCAGAGAACUGUUUGUCGAAGUUCACCGAGUGCAGUUCCACAACAAAGCUCGGUAACAAUGACUUCACAAUCAAAUAGUGAAGCAGCAAGACCAACUGUAACUUAUACAAAAAGCAAAAGUCCCGCUCCACAACCAUCUUACAAUAUACGAUCACUGCCUCCACCUGAAUUACCGCCGAGAGCUUUGAGUCCAAUGCCAACUGUCUCAUCUUCAUGGCAUGGACAACGACAAACACAAGGACAAAGUCCACCAAGACAAGGUGAACAAACAACAAUUACUCCAAUUGGAAGAAGUCACAGUGCUGUAAUGCCUGCUAAUGUUGCGUCUCCGGGUAAAUUACCACCUCCAAUAAUAGCUGGUGCUUCCGCUUCACUUCCAAAUACAACAAUUAAUAAUGAUUUAAAUAGAAGUCCAAAUAAUACAGCACAUGGUACAGCAGCUGUUGCAACUGCUAAUGCAACACCAGUAAAAUCUUCCGAAAAGAAGGAGAAAAAAGAAAAAGGCGUCUCACUAAUGCGUCGAUUAACAAAUAUAAAGAAAUCUAAGUCACCUCCACCCGCAACAUACUCAAUGGAUAAUCCCGUAUUCGAUGAUGGUAAUACCAGUCAAUCUUCAAUCAGUACAGUUCACGUUCGCUCGGGUUCUUGCCCAAGCCAAUUGCUACAGGUGGGACCCACGCAGGAUAUAAAUUCAACAAACAGCCAUCAUCGUAUGUGUCCAGGAACUGGACAUACAUCAACAUCUCAGAGAAUAAAACAUAAAGAACGACCAUCUUUGCCUGUGACAUCCCUUCAGAGAUCUAAUGAAGCUGGUGGUGUUGCUGUGAGUAGUUCACUUAGUAAUCAUCAUCGCAAAAGUAAUUCUUUGGAUGCUGGAAUGGGCAAACAGGUUAAACAACAAUCUGCAUCAAGAGAACGGGAACGUGUUUACAGAUUUCGAUGUAUUGUACCAUAUCCUCCGAACAGUGAAUUUGAAUUGGAACUAAAAGUGGGAGACAUUAUUUACGUUCAUAAAAAACGUGACGAUGGUUGGUAUAAAGGAACACAACAACGCACAGGUCGUACUGGACUUUUUCCUGCAAGUUUUGUCGAAGCUUUCUGAGACACAACACGUAGCAGUCUCGUUCUCGAGACUUGUAUAUAAAAUUUAAAUUCGCGCAAAUGUUUACGCAUCAAUGAUUUAAAGCAAAAAAAACACUAAAACCAAUUUUUUUUUCUCGAAUAGAAAUGAAAAAAAAGAGUUUCUCAGAAAGUAAACGAUAAUUGCUACGUAUGUGAUAUACUUCGAAUUCGGGGGAAUAUCGUUUGAAAUAAUAUUCAUAUAUAUAUACUGCCAUGAAUCAAGUAAAUUGUACUAUUACAAUUUUUAAUUUUGUGCAAUGAUCUGCAAUUUUAAUGUUUGUCAUAUUCUAUAUUGAGGGUCACAAACAUUUUUUUAAUUUUUUCGAAUUUGAUUGGCAUAAAUUAUAUUAAUUAUUAAAAGGAAAAGAUUUAUUAGUGAAAUGAAGGCUAGUUUUUUUUUUAUUUUUGUUUAAAAAAAAAAAAAACUUCGAAAUCGUUACUGUUAUUCUUGAAGUGUUUAAAUUUUGACACGAGUCAAAAAAAAAAAAUCUGAUAAAUAUUCUUAGGUAUAUAGGAAAUAAUAGCAAAGUCGUAUAAUCGCUUUGCAUCUGGUUAAAUUAUUGAAUGCUAAGCAAAUCAUGAUUUAGCCAGUUAGGUUUACAAUUUUAGGUAAUUUUUAAAAUAGAAUUUGUAAAUAGAAUGUUUAAGUCAAUUGGGAAGUUGAUUUGACUUUCUGAUUCUUUCCUUUUUUUUUUCUUUUUUCUUUUUCUUCUUUGUAAUGCCAAAGUUUUAAACUUGUAUAGUUUAACAUUAUUUCUUAUUUUGAGAUUUGUUCUAUUUCUUUCCUUGGGAAAUUGUGCACAAAAUCGUAAAGUGCCAUUUUUUUAAAAAAAAAGAGCUUUGAUUUAAUUUUUAAUCAGUAAAUGUAUAUAAAUUGCCACUUAAUUUGUUUGCAUUUAAAGCGCACAUUUUUUUUUUACACCGUUUUGUGUUCUUUUAAAUGCUAAACAUUUUUCUCACUCAAUAGAUUUUAAUUUUGCCGCUUUUUGAGAAUUAUUUUAUUAAUGUUUUUCAAUAUUUAUAUAACUAACGCCCAAUUAACGAGUGAAAAAUUAUUGUGCUUCCAGUAUUCUGGAUCUGAAGAAAUAAUUGUAUAGGUAAUUUUUUUUUUUUUAAUAAUUAGAAAAAAGUGUGUUUAAAAAAUGCUUGACAAAAAUUUUGCGGAGCAUUCUAUCUAAUAUGCGCAUUAUAUCUCACCAAUUUAUAAAAUCAAUUUCACAAGGAUAAAUUGUAAAUAUAGAUAGAUAUUUAAACAUAGUUAUAAACAUAUACAUAUUAUAUAUUUAUACACGAAAAAAAAAAAUUUACUUUGCCAGAAAACACACAAUUUUUUCUCAAAAAUUAUGUACUAAAUAUUAAAUUAAUGCACAAAUGGUAAAUUUUUAUCUCAAAAGUACCUAAAAUAUAUCUUCAAAUACAGGAAAAGAAACUUAACGAACCAGUUAAGAUACCGAUUGAUAGUUAAGAAUUAAUAGGAUUUCAAUAUAUUAAUAAGAAUAUAAGAAUAAUAAUUAUAAAAAUAAUAGUAAUAAUAAUUAUUAAAAUAAUUCAAUAGUAAGUGCGAAUAUUAAACAUUGAUAAAGCAUAAUGCAUAAUAUAGAUAAAUACUCUUUAAUCUUAAUGAACUUGACCAUGUUUUGUCGAAUUGAACGAGAAAAUAUUUUAAUUACCAAUAAAAGAUCUAUUUUGAAAGAUUUUAUUUAUUUUAAAAUUUAAAUUAAAUUUUUAAUUAAAAAAUUACAUAAACUUUUUUUUUGAAUGAUUUUAAUAUACUUAGCUGCAGACAUUUUAAAAUUCUUUUUCUUUUUUUAGAAAUGUUUUUACAGUGAUAACUCUUCAGAAUUUAAUGUGAAUUCUUCUAUUUAAAAAAAAAAACUAAUAUCCGUCCAUUUUUUAAAGCGAAUUUUUUGUUUAAAUUUUAAAUAAGAUUUAAAAUAUUUUCUCGUUAAUUAUACAUACAGUGAGUUAUAAAAACAAGUGUAAUGUGUGGUAUACAAAGAUAAAUUAAAUUUCAAAUAGUUAUUUAGAUUUAUAUUUUGUUUUUUUAAAUUGUAGAGUGACUAGACCAAUGAAUGAAUAUUAAUUUUAACGAAAGGACUGAAAGUGAACAAAUAUUCUUAAAAAUUGUAUUAUUUUUUUUUGUUUUUGAAUUGUUUUAUAGUUAAGAUUGAAAUGUCUAGAUGAAAUUUAAGACUUAUUUAGUAUUAUUAUUCAGUAUUUUAUAUAGUUGGCUCAGUAGAAUAAAAUGAAAUUAAAAAUUGUGCUGAGAAAUUGAAUUACAAAAUUCAUUCGUUGGACAGUCGUUUAAAUAUUUUGAAUUUUUUUUUUUUAUAUAUAUAUAUCGAAAGAAUAUAAACAUAGAAAUUUAUCAAUUCAUUUAAUUUUAGAGAAUCAUUUUUUUCUUGGCAUCUAUAUUGAGAUAUUUUAAUCUCUUGUGUAUUUAAUAAUAAUAAUAAUAAUAAUCACUGUAAAUAAUGUCGAAAAGAUCUAAGUGAGAGUACAAAACUGUCUAUCGACAUUUUGAAAAUAUUAAUUUUUUUCUAAUAUGUGUGUAUUUAAUUUCAAUUUAAAACUUGUCUAAUAUUUACAAUAUGAAAAAUCAAUUUCGCACAUAUCUUUGAUGUUCGCACUUAGAUCUCUUGCUUUUUAAUAUUUAUAGAGUGAAAGAGAAACAAAAAUAAAAUCAAUUAUAUCUAGUUGAAAAAUAAUUGCAAUUAAAUGAAUAAUUAGUAAUUCAUUUAAUAUUAAAGUGUUUAUUAAUUUUUUUU